GCAGCAGCCAACGCGGUGGAUUCACUCCAGGUGGAAGCUCGACCAUGUCGCUGCAGGCCAUAUCUGUGCUGUCGGUCACUGUCAUCCUCCUUGGGUCCCUGGAAGGAAAGGGGGUGAUGCAACGGGAUGUGCAGUGCUGCAUGCAGUACUCGCAGGGCAAGGUCCGCACAAAAGACGUCCUCGAGUUUGAGAUGCAGACAGAGGGGCCCGACUGCAGCAUACGAGCCAUCAUAUUGUACACUAAGAAGGCGGUGAAGUGUGCAGACCCCAGGGACAGGAAAGUGAAGAGGUUACUACGAAAACUGAUCCAGAGGCAGAGAGCCAAAGCCCACAGGACCAUGUGGCUCCAGCCGCAUGGGAACCUGCCUGUCAUGUCUGAGAUCCAGUAAACAAUGAGGGAAAGGAGUUGACUGAUUUCUCCAGCCCUUUAAACUUUGUCACUGUCCUAUUGAAAGUUUGUAGAUCCAUAACUUUCAUUACCAAACAGUAUGCUAUCCCAGCAAGAUUGUGAUAUUUAGAUGUCUUCUAAACUGACUGUUAAUCUAUAUGCCAAAGUAUUCUCCUUUUUAACUCUGUACUUCAAGCUUGUUAAUUAUCUAUAUACAUUAUCUAUAUCUUAAAAGAAAUACAAGCUGUUAUAUAGAGUUAAAGUGAUAUGACUGUUCUUGGCUCAAACUUAGUGCAAUUACUAAUUCUCUUAUGUAUGGUGAUGCAAUCAAUUUUUAUAUAUAAAGAAAUAUGUGACA